AUGGAUAAAAAUAAUUUUCUCUUCUGCAUUAAAGUGCGUACUGCAAUUAAUAUUCAAGCAACAACUAUCCAUGAUGAGCUAUGUAUUGUUUUUGGUGAGAAAGCUCCUUCCUUUCGAACAGUUGCCAGAUGGAUUCCAGGGUUUCGUGAAAUUCGAGAAGAAAUGGAAGAUGAAGAACGACCUGGUAGACCUGUAACCGCAAUCACUGCUAAAAAUAUUGAACAAGUUCAUAGUAUUAUUAACGAUGAUUCUUAUGUUACAAUAGAAGAACUGCAAGAGCGAACUGGUCUAAGUUAUGGCACCGUUCAUUCGAAACUUUACUAA